AUGACGUCCAAAAAUGAAUACGAUUUUAUCAUUGUUGGUGCUGGCCCGGCUGGCUGCAGCCUCGCACGUGGCCUUGGCAACAGCCUGAGCCGGCCCUCCGUUUGCUUGGUCGAGGCUGGCGGUGUCAAUAACGACGCCAGCAACCGCGUGAUUGGAAACCUCUUCGUACAGAAGAUGAACCCUGACCAGGCCAAGCUGUACGAAAGCAAACCUCAGCAAGCUCUCUCCGGUCGCAAAAUCGAUUUGACCCGUGGCGCUGGCCUCGGUGGCUCGUCGGCAGUCAACUUCACAGCCUGGACCGUUCCACCUCGCGACGACUUUGAGGCGAUCGCUGAUGUCACCGGCGAUCCCUCUUGGCGGUGGGAGAAUGCUAAGCGACGUUACAAGGCGCUCGAGACAUAUCAUGAUAAGCAUCCGGAGGUCCCAGCCGGAACGGAGAGAUAUCUGAAUCCCAAAGCUGCCGACCAUGGCUAUUCAGGGCCUCUCCAUAUCGGUUUUGAUAAUAGGUGGGAUAGCUACGCCACUGAGAUGAUGGACAUUUGGUCCGAUAACGGAUACCCCAUCAACCCUGACCUGGGCAAUGGCGAUUUCCUCGGGAUUUCCAUUUGCCCAAAGACUGUACAUCGCGGUACUCGUGUUACGGCAGACAACCUUCUUUACCCGCUUCCCUUUAACCUUCACAUCAAGACGGCGUCUCAGGUGCGCCGAGUAGUGUUUGAAGGGAAGCGAGCGACCGGUAUAUUCCUGCUCGAUGGCACGGUGCUGAGUGCGCGCAAGGAAGUCAUUCUUUCCGCUGGUGCCCUCGACACACCCAAGAUCCUAAUGCACUCUGGAAUUGGACCGGCAGAACAGCUCAGCAACUUUGGCAUCCAAACCAUUGUUCAUAAUAGAUACGUGGGCCAGAAUACCAAGGACCAUUACCACGUGGCCUUGAAGUAUGGCCGGUCCGAGAAAUCCAAUGAGGUCGCAGCCUUCUUCCGCGAUAAAGCCCGGCAGGAAGCAGCCCUCCGCGAGUGGAACAUCUAUCGAACCGGCGACUUCACUAACCUGGGAACGACCAUGAACAUGGGCUUCUUCAAGAGCGAUGCUGUCCUCAAUAGUCAAGAGUUCAAGAGUCUGCCUAAAGAGGAGCAGGCCCGCCUUGGGAUGCCUACUGUUCCUACGUACGAGAUUGCUGUUCUGGGUAUUGCUCCUGAGUACUAUCUCGCCCCCGAAACCAGCCCCCCCUUGCUGUCCGUCCUUGUUUUCGUCCACAACUCGCAAUGCAAUGGUAGCAUGAGGCUUGUUUCAGAUGACCCUACCGUGCCAUUGGACUUUGACGUCGGGUUCAUGGCUCAUCCUUAUGACCGACGUGUGGCUAUCGAAGCAACCAAGGAAGUCUUGAAAGUUACCGGCAGCACCGCCUUCAGAAAGGAUGAGCAUCCUACUCAGGCCGCCUUUGAUGUACCAAAAGAUGAUAGCGACGACAGCAUUCUGGCAUUCUGGAACAAGGACUGCACAAGCACAUGGCAUACUGUCGGUAGCUGUAAGAUGGGCCGCCGUGGCGAUGAGACUGCUGUUGUGGACACUCAGUUCUCUGUAAAGGGCGUCAAGGGACUUCGUGUCGCUGAUCUGAGUGUCCUGCCCGUUCUUGUGAGCUCCCACACACAGACUGCCGCUUAUCAAAUUGGUAUGCUGGCUGCCGAGAAGCUUGUAGCAGAGUACCGUCUAAACGGAAAGCCAGCCUUGUAA